AGUACACUACUGUUUUGCAGAGCAACCAUUCACUUUAUUUAACACCAACAAAUCUAGAAACCGAACCUAACGAAGCUCUUACUCUUAGUACUCUUACCUUUCCUUACCUCUCUCUCUCUCCAUAAAUACAUAUAUACAUAUACGCCUAUUAUGUUCACCACCACCACCAAUGAUAAUAGUUCAUCGACCCAGAAGAUGAUCAAGCUCCAGAUUCAACCAAACAAGUACUCUUCCUCCAAGGAAAACUCGUCAUCUUCAUCAUCAUCAUCAUCAUCAUCAUCAUCAUCAUCAUUAUCAUCAUCUUCAUCGUCUGUACUCUACUAUGGUGGUCGACCUGGUUCGGUGCCGUUCUUAUGGGAGUCAUGUCCAGGCACCCCAAAAUCCAGAUUCUCCGAACGCGACUCUCUCAUACCACCUCUCACUCCUCCUCCUUCAUACUACUCCACUUUUUCAUCUUCUCAAAACAAGAGAGCCACUUCUACUAUUACUUCUUCUUAUUCACCUUCUACUACUGCUGCCACAGCUCAUAAUCAUAAACGAUCCAGAUCCAGUCUCAUCUUAAACACGCUUUUCCCCAAAAGAUUUACGAUCAAUAAUUAUCUCAACAAAACGGCGCCGUUGUCUUCUUCGCCUAACUCAUCGGCGAUCUGGUCCACUGCUAGCCGGUUCUCGAGUUCGACCUCGUCGUUUGAUUCUGGUGGAGCCGGAGACGAUGAAUAUGGCCAUGUUAAUCAUAAUAAUAAUGGUAACAAGUCUCCUACUUCUCCUCUCUGUUUUGGAUUUCGUACAAGUGUUCGAAGAGGUUGUUGUUCUCGUUUUUAAAUUUCAAUAAAUAAAUAAAUAAAUAUGUAGAACAAAAAAAAAUUACUUCAUCUUGUUUGGCAUUAAUGGCAAUAUUUUUAUUUUGUUUUUAAUUUUGCUUUUCAAAAUUGUUAUGAAUGUUUAGAGCUUGUCAUUCAUUUCAAUUUUGGAAAUUAAAAAAAAAAAAAAAGUAAAAGUGUUUGUCACUUCAGUGGAUUUGGUCAUUUUACUUGGGUGAUUAUGUUAAUAUAUAUAGGGGUAUUUGAUUGUAUUAUUAGUCCUUGGAAUGUACUAUUUUAUUAUGAUUUGCUACUUCAAAUUUCAAUUUUAGUAAUUAAGUUCCUAAAUUUGUAAUUUUUUAGCGAUCAAGUCUUUUUUAUUAAAUAGAUCUGAGAACACUAUUUUUUUCUUCCAUAUUAUUAUAAAAAGGAUUUAGUUGCU